CUCACACAAUUCUACUUGUCCAGCCUACCAAGAGGCCAGAAGGCAGAACAUACGCUGAUUAUGAAUCAGUGAAUGAGUGCAUGGAAGGAGUCUGUAAAAUGUAUGAAGAGCAUCUGAAGAGAAUGAAUCCCAACAGUCCAUCCAUUACAUAUGAUAUCAGCCAGUUGUUUGACUUCAUUGAUGACUUGGCAGACCUCAGCUGUCUUGUUUACCGUGCUGAUACUCAGACAUACCAGCCGUACAAUAAAGACUGGAUAAAGGAGAAGAUCUACGUCCUCCUCCGCAGGCAGGCCCAGCAAGCAAGCAAAUAAUGGGGGCACCAUCAUUACAUGGGCUUGGGGGAGGGCUUGAACAACAGGUGUGUACAGAGUGUAGUAGUGAACGUUUUGUAUUAUAGUCAUCCUGUUACCAUCCUGUUAAACUCUUUAGCCAGGACUGAAUGUAUUGUUAGAGGAGCAAGGAUUUAGUCAAAUUCGAUUUUUUUUUCAGUGUAAAUGGAAAAGAAAGUGCAACAUCUUCAGCAGAGUUUUAAUUUGUUUUUUUUCCUUAAUUUGUUUUUUCCAAUUUGUUUUGCUUAGCCAACGGUCCUACCCGAUUUGAACCCCUGGGGCUGUUUACUUUGUACUUCACCACAUUCACUGGAUGUGCCCUUCUGUGGGGUUUCCAACAUUUAGUUAUGUCCUUGAGGCGGUCUUAACGGGGAAUAAAAAAAAAUUUACCCUUUAGUUAAA